CCAUGUUUACGAAUAUUUUAUUUGCAAGACUAGACGUGAACGAAUGUACAGUACACUCUUUUUGUUAAAUGUAUAAACGAAUAUCGAUUGAAAUUAAAUACAUUGUUUUCUAUUCAAAUGUCCACCCCUCUUUCACUUUACAAAUGGUAUAGUCCUCAACUAAGCGUAAACGAUGGUUUAGCUGUAGCUUUUAGGCAGCAGUAUGGUAAUCAAACGUGUCGUUUUGUGAUUUAGUCGACAGUCGUUCUUAUUUGUCUUCAGUCACUUAUUAAAAGCGUAUUACGAAAAUGUCAGCUCCAAAGAAGGGAGAUCUGUCUUCUACCGAGAAGGAAUUAUUCCAAGUUAUUGCUGCAGGAAAUGUUCAAGAAGCCUCGAGAUUAUUGGGGUCCAAGGAUGUACGAGUCAAUUGUUUGGAUGAGUAUGGGAUGACCCUCCUCAUGCAUGCUGCUUACAAAGGCAAAGCAGACAUGUGCAAGCUGCUACUUCAACAUGGUGCUGACGUGAAUUGCAAUGAACAUGAGCAUGGCUACACAGCACUGAUGUUUGCUGGACUGUCAGGAAAGACUGACAUCAUAUGGAUGAUGUUGGAUGCUGGAGCGGAGACAGAUGUGGUCAACUCUGUCGGGAGGACAGCUGCUCAGAUGGCAGCAUUUGUCGGGCAGCAUGACUGUGUGACAGUGAUUAACAACUUCUUCUCCCGGGCGAGGCUGGACUACUACACCAAAGUCCAGGGUUUGGAAAAAGAACCUAAACUUCCUCACAAACUGGCAGGACCCCUCCACAAGAUUAUCAUGAGUACCAACCUCAGCCCUGUUAAGAUGGUAAUGUUGGUGAAGGAAAACCCGCUGCUCCAAGAAGUGGAGGCUCUUGAGAAGUGUCGGCGGGUGAUGGAACUCAUCUGUGAGAAGUGUGUCAAGCAGCAGGACAUGAAUGAGGUUCUAGCCAUGAAGAUGCACUUUGUGAGCUGCGUGCUCAGCAAGUGCGCCUCCUUCCUCAAGGACCGUGACGACAAGCUAGAGGGACUAAUGAAAAGCUUAUUAAAAGGUCGGGAGAGUGAUGGCUUCCCAGUGUUCCAAGAAAAGUUUGUUCGAGAAUGUAUCCGCAAGUUCCCCUACUGUGAUGCCACUCUGCUGCAGCAGCUGGUCCGAAGUAUUGCUCCAGUGGAGAUAGGCAAUGACCCAACAGCUAUAUCAGUCCUGACCCAAGCCAUCACAGGACAGGUUGGAUUCAUGGAUGCAGAAUUCUGCACUACCUGUGGAGAGAAAGGUGCUGAGAAGAGAUGCUCCAUCUGCAAAAUGGUGAUAUACUGUGAUCAAGCCUGUCAGAAAAUGCACUGGUUCACCCAUAAGAAGGUUUGUAAGAAGCUCCAGGAGCAAAGAGAGAAGCAUGAGGAAGAGUCAGCCAAGCGAAUUGAGCAACGCAGCAAAGAGGACAGUGAAGCUGUGGAAGAUGCUACAGGAUCCAUGCAGGAACUUUCAGUGGAGCCUGAUAAUGAAGAGUCCUCCUCAGACCCCCAGCUCUGAGGCCACCACAGCCAGCUCCGAACCAGAGGAUGUCACCUACAGAAACACAAUGCCUAUACCCAGAUAUCCCAUACUCCAGUUAAUGCCAUGUUGAUCUCAGAGGGAGGACCUAUUUAGCACACCUGAAGAAGCAGUUCAAGCAAAGUUAAAAACCUCUGGUCUCAUCAAACAGUGAUGAAUCCCUUAUUUAACCAAUAUUUGACAUUGUCACCAAAGCAACGCAACAUUAUUGGCACAAGAAGACGGGUUGUGGAGUUUCUACUUUUUUAUUGAAUACUGUUUGAUGUGAAAUAUCUAUUUAGAAUAUGAUUGUGUAAGCUAAAUGGAUUUUAGUAGCCACAAAAUGGAAAGCGUUUUAAGCAAGGAGUGGAAAAACAUAGUGUAUUUAAUUUAUAUGUUGUGUACAAAGUACAAUUAUGCCUUAAGAUGCUUUAGCUGGUAUGUUAUGAAUACCUAUUCUGCAUACCAAUACAUCCAGAUUAGAGCUCAUAUUUCUGUAGUAAAGUAGCAUAAAGUAUAAUGUUUUGACCAAGACAUCCUCGUAAUACAUUUGCAAGCCCUCCUACUCACACGGCUUUGUUACAGAUGUGUUUAAUGACUUAAAUAAACAAUAACCUCAUAA